AUGGCAGUCAGUGUGUAAAUGACAGAGCUUGCCCUGAAUAUUAGGAAACCUCAUGACAGCCAUGAACGACUUCACAAUGUCUCUGCCAAAGCUCAAGUCUUUGGUUAGACAAAGCAUGGGAGGACCUCCGAUAAGCACAAAAACCAGUGGAACUACAGGGAAGCCACAUCACAAGGGACAUGAAAUGGUCAUUGGAAAUUGCUUCUGUUGUGGAUCCAGACUUUCGUAUCCACGUUCUGUACCCUGUUUUCGCUGCACUGUGUGUCUAACCAUUAAUGACCUUCCUUCCGCGAAAACAAGUCUUAUUCCAGAACACAUACAGCGUAUAGAACCAUUGUCGGUUAAACGCUUGCGUCACUUAGUUGAGAAGGUGAAGCGUGAAGCAGCUCUUGGUCAUGCUUCUGACGACUUAGAAGCAGUCUCGUUGGCACACAAACCUCUGCGACUAUGGUUGAGCCAUGCUUUUCGCAACUCUGUUAUAUUAAACAAAUCUUUUCAAAGUAAGGAAGAGCCUGGAAAAGACCAUUGUGGUUUUGAUUACGACGAAAUCAGCGAGUUUUAUCGAAUUGUUUAUAGUCUUCACAAAUGUUAUAAAGAAGACAUACUUCAAGCUUCCGAGGCCCUUCUCAAAAGACCAUUAAGAUACUGUACCAGUGUCUAUGAUUGCAGAUAUAUAUUGAUAUUUCUGCAAAAUCCUCUCUUAGCAGAUAGCUCGUCAAAAAAUCGCAUGUUUCGCGACUCCUUUCUAAAAAGAAUAUUUGGACUUCUCUCUAACUUGAAGCCUGAUAUGCAAUAUCAGUUUGUCAUGUGGUUUACUCAGGGACCAUAUAAAAACGCUUCAGUGUUUCAACAAAAAGUUGAGCUGGUGAACUCAUAUAUAAGCGUUCGACUUUCCAGAAUUUAUAGUCACGCCUAUCUUGGUUAUUCAUACACAAGUGACUGGAAAAUUAAUGCCGCAGCACAAACUUUGGCUCUGCUAUUUUCUGCUAAUAACAAAAUGAACCUGUUGGACGGAAGUCAUUUUUACAAUACAAUGGUUGAUUAUAUUGACCUUAUUUCCGACUUUGAUUCGUGGGAGCAACGAAGCACAAAGUUCUGUUUUUGUCAGUAUCCCUUUCUCCUGUCAAUGGGUGUUAAAAUGCGAAUUAUGGAAUACGACGCGAGAAGACAGAUGGAAGUUAAAGCGAGAGAAGCAUUCUUUUCAUCACUUUUAUCGAAACGUGUAUUUCAGCCCUGCCUUUUGCUUCGGGUGAGACGCUCACACUUGAUUGAGGACAGCUUAAAGCAGAUUCGUCUAAACGAAAGCGAUCUCAAGAAAAGCCUUCGUAUAGAGUUUAUCGAUGAGGAAGGCGUGGAUGCAGGUGGUUUGCGAAAAGAAUGGUUUCUUCUCUUAUGUCGUCGUGUUUUCGAUCCUGCGUUUUCUUUAUUUCAAACAUUCGACGACGGAACCAUUCCAAUACUUAUGUCCGUUGCGACCCAGUUUAAAGCGUUCAAGAAUGGUUUUCUUCACGUCUGCGGAGGGAAUGCGCUUUCUCUUUUCCGUCCAGAAGAGAUUGAACAACUUGUUCGAGGGAGUGAAGAAGAAAUUGACUUGUACCAGUUACAAAGUGUCUGUGUAUAUGAUGUCUAUUCAAAUCCUGGUCCUGAUGAUGCAAGUAUUCACAGCUCUUCCACGUAUUCUGGCCGCGCUCGAGGAAAACCGGAGUCUAGUGUUAUCAUGGAUCAGCAAAGAGUCAUUCAGUGGUUUUGGUCUAUUGUCUCAGAGUACACGCCAGAUACAUGCAGACGUCUGCUUGCAUUUGUAACCGGAAGCGAUCGGCUUCCCGCAACAGGCAUUGCUAGCUUGCAAUUCCGUAUUUCUAUUGUUGGAGCAGAUUGCGACAGAUAUCCUGUCGCGCACACAUGCUUCAAUCAGCUCUGUCUCUGGGAUUAUUCUUCCCGUGAGAAAUUACGUACUAAGCUUGAACGUGCUUUAUACGAGUCGCACGGUUUUGGACUCAAGUAA